CCAGGCUCCAGCUUCCCCACCAGUUCAGGUCAGCAACCGGCGCUGACGAGAAGGAGCUGAGCCUGGUAGCCUUCACCCUGCUCCCCGGUGCCCGCAUGGCAGAAGUGACCUGGAUGUGAGCUCUGCCACUGCCUGCCCGAGCCGGAGAGCCUGCAGUGGAGCCCCAGCUGCAGGGAGACGUCCCAUCUGACAGCUGACACCAGGGGGAGAGCGGAGGAGCUUGUUGAUCUGCCCUGCAAAUGGACUGAUUCCCAGUGCAGCCAAUAAGUCUGCUCCAGCAGUCCUGCCGUGUACAUGAGCAUUCACUUGGAGUUGUCUUAAAGCACUCACAUAAAUGACAACGGCAAGAGCCUAUGACACGGCAACCGGCUGCGAUUCUGAACGUGUUCCUCAGAAAUCUUCUCUCCAUGUCCCCUGGAAACAAGAGUAGAGUCCAGACAACUGGAGGACAGUGAUCCUACCUUCAGCAAGACUUUAUCAGACUGCAUGUAGCUCACACAGGCAUGGCUCUUUGGCUGCUCCUGGCAUCACUGGCACUAGUCUGCCCAGGUGGCUUCCUCUUUGCAAGUGAAGUGGAACCAGGUCCCCCGGUGGCUCUGAGCUGGUCUCUUCACAAAAUCAGCACAAAUAGUUCACUGCUGGACGUCCAUGUAACAUGGGAGCCUCCUCCUUUAUCAACCGUAAUGCCUUUCCUGGAAUACGAAGUGCAAAUAAAGGAGGCAACCGAACAGCAGUGGAAGUCGUACGAUUUAGUAACCACCUCCGAUUUACUAGUGUAUGGUCUGAAAGUAGGAAAAGAGUAUGUGGUACGAGUCCGCUGCAGACUGCGGGGCAAUGAGAAGUUUGGGAAAUUCAGCGAGGAGCUUGUGAUCCCAGUAUUUGUAUCAGGUUUUGAAUCGAAGGAUCCUGGCGGAUGGCCCAGUAUCACACUAUGCCGCUCACCACAGCAGGAAACAUUCACAUGUCAUUGGACUUAUGGAAAUUUUCAGAACUUAUCUGGCUCACUAAAACUGCAGUAUAUUAAACCUGGCAUAUAUUGGACCGACUGUCCAGAUAAUGUGUCUGCUGGAAAAAAUAGCUGCUACUUCAGUAAAGAGCACACCUCUGUUUGGGUGAGAUACCUAGUCCGUCUUGUUAGUGAAAAUGUCACCUUUGACGAAUAUUCCUUUACAGUCGAUGAUAUUGUGAGACCAGAUCCACCCAUUGCUCUGAACUGGACGGUUCUCAAUGUCAGUGCCACCCGUUUACGCAUGGACAUUGAAUUAACGUGGGAUCAUCCGGCAUCAGCUGAUGUUAAAAGCGGAUGGAUAUCAUUGGAAUAUGAAAUACAACUCAAAGUGGUCAAUGAAACGCAGUGGAAGGCGUAUGAUGUUGUGACCACCACAUAUUCACCCAUCUACAGCCUGGAAAUAGGAAAGGAGUAUUUGAUCAGGAUUCGAUGCCGGCAAAAAGGGAAUGAAAACUUUGGAGAAUUCAGCGAUGUUUUAUUGAUUACGACUAUAGCAACUAUAGAUCCAGAGUUUCCUUGGCCCCUUUUUCUCAUCAUUGGAUUAUUUGCCUUCCUGCUGGUUCUGGCUUUUAUUUUGUUCUGCAAAAAGAAAAGGCUGAAAAUGCUGAUUCUCCCUCCAGUUCCUGUCCCAAAGAUCAAAGGGAUUGACCCUGUUCUACUACAGAAAGGAAAGUUGGAUGAAGUCAGCUCAAUACUUGCCAGUCAUGACAGCUACAAACAACAGCUCUGCUGCGAUGAUCCUUGGGUUGAAUUUAUUGAGCUUGACCUUGAUGACCAGGAAGAGAAGAACGAGGGCGCUGAUACUGACCGUCUAUUGUCAGAAGAAUACCCCAAGACCCACAGUUGCCUGGGCGUUAAGGAUGAUGACUCUGGCCGGGCCAGCUGUUGUGAGCCAGAUAUUCCUGAAACAGAUCUCUGCAACAGUGAUAUGAGCGAUGAAACCUCGAAUGCUGGACAGUCUCAGAAUACAAAAGAUAACCAAGCAGAUCUCCUGUGCCUUAGUGAAAAAUCAAAUAGUGGAAAUGUGCCUACAAAUUCCCAAAUGCCAAAUACAGAAAAGAUCAGCACAAAACCAGAAGAUGGUAAGGUUUGCCCAUUACUUGGUAAGGAGACGAGCGGCACUGCCACAAGCCAACUGAGGAGCGUCAGUUCGAAGCCAAGCAUGGAUUUUUACGCCCUUGUAAGCGAUAUCACACCAGCUGGAAGACUUCUUCUUUCACCAGGGCAAAGAAUGAAGAUGGAAAACGAAGAAUGCAAUGAACCGACCAUUCAACGUCCAACAAAUCUCAACAUGGACAGUUCUUAUGUAUGUGAUAUCGCAGUGACGGCAUUCUGUGCUGUGAAUUUCCCAAUAGAGGCCGCACAAAGUGUUCAGCAAAAUCCUAAUCUGGAUAGCUACUUCACCCCAGAAAGCCUUACAGCUGCCACCAUGAGCUCUCGUGCCACAGAGAAAGCUUCAAGUUAUGAGACACCUGUGGCUGACUAUACCUCUGUUCACAUAAUAAACUCACCACAAAAUCUUGUGCUAAACACUACUGCUCCACCAGGCAAGGAAUUCCUACAACCAUGUGGCUACAUGUCCACAGAUCAAGUGAACAAUGUGAUGCCAUAAUACAUUUUUAUUUUGGAAGUUCAGAGCAUGGGCUUGUAUGGUUCAACCAAAAAAACAUUGGCUACAAGCUUUUAAUUGUGUUUAUCUUGUAAAGCUUAAGCUAAUAUAUUCAGUGUAAAGAUGCCAAAAUGUUUAUCAAAUUAUUUCCUUUACGUAAUGAAUUGUAGCCUAGGGUAGUCUGUUCAUAGCUACUGCUCAACGGUCACCUUGGGACAACAUCCACAUUGUAUCCAUCAAUCCAACCUAUACGCUGUUUAGUAUUGAAUGUCUGCCUGGUUGUAGUCAUAAUAUCACAUGCUACUUUCACGUUGAAGGAGUGGUUCAACUUAAGAGCACACCUACUAAUCUUUAAAAGGCCCCUUGGUGGAUUGAUUUCGCCGCCUAGGACCUGGUAUAGUCAUCCAUACUGUGAAUAUACCUGGAAAAAGGCCAAAAAGUAUCCUCUGAAAGGUAUGUCUACCAAAUAUGAAGAAGGCGAGAAGUUGGUGUAUAAAAACUUCAGUUGUGCAUGCAGGAACAAGCCUUAAUAGUCACUUCUAACCAAAGUUUAGAUGGUGUCCAAUCAUGUUUUUAGACAGAGGGUGAAUUAAUGCUUGUGAAUUGUUUCCUCAAGCACAGAGGCCCAGAAUGUAUUCAUCUUUGGUCCUACUCAAUAAUCAUAUUGUAGUGUAGCUCUGCAAUGCAGCUUCCAGCUGAAAUAUGCUUAUUGUGUUAUAUUACAUACAAUGUGAAUGGGUUAUUAAUAAGAAUACAUGGGGGCAGACCAGGGUUAAUUUUGAAACACAGAACAUUUGGUUUGAGCUAAUACUUUAUAAUAGCAAGAUUUAACGCAUAAAUUAUAUAACGCUGCAUGCGCUAUAAACCUGUCCGUUCUGCCAACAUUGCCGCUAUUUGUUUGUACAAUGUUACUCAGUGAAUGCAGAUCCCAAAUGUUUUUUACAUAGUAUAUUUUUAAAUCCAAAAGCCUGAAACGUGAAAUCACUGCGUGGUGUAUAUAUACCAACUCUACAGAUUAUAUACAGUAUUUUCCUAGAAUAUAGAAAGAUUUAAUAAGCAAGCACUCAAUAUGCCUCUAAUCUAGCGUGUAACGGUUUUAUGGCCCAUUUUAUUUUCUACUGGGUAGCUUUUUUAGCCUGCUAGAUGUUGGUUAACUGUAGCUGUCAUGAAGAUCAUCUGAAAGAUGUAGUGGUUCAGGAUCAGCCAGAAACCUGAGAACUGUCCAUUAAUGGCGUUAGAUUGAGAACCCUGCGGGAGUUGUACAUAGACACACAAGGGCAGAUUUACUAAUCCAUAGAUGUCUAGACCUGCACAAGAUUUAUCACAGGGGCUCAGGCUGGAUGAUGAAUGUGGUGACUUAUUCUAGAUGAAGACACAUUAGUAAAUCUGGACCACAGUGUAUAAAAAAAAGUCCACCUUUCCAACUAUUUAAUUAUUUCUGCAAUUCUUGCGAAAUAAAUACUAAUGUAAAUAUUCUUGACUAUAAUAACGUAUGUGUCUAACCAGAGAACAGAAUGUUCUAGACCAGGAGUAGCUGAGCAAAAUAUUUAGUGUAACAGCCCUGCCCUUACUACAUUAGGGGUCUAGUGGGCAGUCCUACUGACUAUGCAUACAGAAAUAGCUGCCGAUCACUGAGUAGGACUGCCCACUGGACUCCUAAGCAUAGGGAUAUUAAUGAAUAAAUUACAAGUUUACAAUGAGUAUUGUGUCAUUAGACCAUAUAUCAAUCUACUCAGCUCCUCCUGCUGUAUAAUACGCCACACGCAGUUCAAAGACCAUUCAAGGUGGCAGGUUCCCACCUUAGAGAACAAGCAGAGGACAGGAUGGGGCAGACUGGAAGCUUAAAGUGGCCCUUGUGGUAGGCGGUUUCAAAUUGACAGAAGACGGGGCAACACAAGUAGGCAAAGACAACACAAAUAGACAGGGAAAAUAGAAGUAGGUGGAGCCAGCAAUACCCUAGUGCAGAACAAAAUGCCACCCCCGCAGAACCAAAUAUCACAGUAUAGCACAAAAUACUGCUGCCCCAUUGCAGUAUUCAAGUGUAUCACUGCCCUAAGGACAGCUAUACAGUUCAAUUCAGGAGGGCACCUGCAGCCUGUUAGUACCUGAUGCCUCUAGCAUUAAUUACUACUGAGAGAAUCAGAUGGUUAGAUAUCCAACUGGUGGCCAUAAGGAGAACUUAGGCGGCCUGGGAAAUUUCCCUGUAGAGUCUAUGGCCAGUCUGCCCCUGAGGACAGGUAAAGUAACAAUAACAGUUUUCAAUAAUUACUAGACUAGAAUUUAUUAUUAAGUUCCUUUUCUGUAAUCUGGGCCAACUAUUUUUUCAGUAUCAUUGAAUUACACUACAGUGAAUA